AUAGGAUGAUAUCUAUAUAAAUGAAGUCACUGCCCGGUUGGGUUCAAAGCAUGAACUUGUGAUCGCUACAAAUUAAGAAGACUUUUAAUUCUUCAAAAAAAGUAUAGAGAUAGUGCAAGCAUGGCUUCAAAGCCUGGAAUCCUCACUGAUUGGCCCUGGAAGCCUCUUGGCAGCUUUAAGUAUGUGAUACUAGCUCCUUCGGUCGUUCACAGCUUGUAUUCUAUGUUGGCGAAAGAUAAGAGUGAAAGGGACAUAACCAACUUUCUCAUAUUACCAUUUUUGCUCUGGCGUAUGCUUCAUAACCAAAUAUGGAUUACUCUCUCUCGUCACCGAACCGCAAAAGGCAACGGUAGAAUUGUUGACAAGGGAAUUGAAUUUGAUCAAGUUGAUAGAGAAAGAAAUUGGGAUGACCAAAUAUUGUUGACUGGAUUAACAUAUUACUUGUCAAACUAUAUAUUUGCUGGGGCAUCACGUAUUCCAUUAUGGAGAACAGAUGCAGCAGUUGUGACAAUACUUCUUCAUAUGGGACCGGUGGAGUUUCUUUAUUACUGGUUACACAGAGCACUUCAUCACCACUUCCUCUACUCUCGUUACCAUUCUCACCAUCAUUCUUCCAUUGUCACAGAACCCAUUACUUCUGUCAUCCAUCCAUUUGCUGAGCACAUAUCAUAUUUAUUUCUUUUCGCAACUCCCUUGUUAACCCUUGUCUUCACAAAAACAGCCUCUAUGAUGGCCGUGUUUGGAUAUGUGACUUACAUUGAUUUUAUGAACAACAUGGGUCAUUGCAACUUUGAGAUUGUUCCAAUGUGGCUCUUUAAUAUCUUCCCGUGUCUUAAGUAUCUGAUGUACACCCCAUCGUUUCACUCUUUGCACCACACCCAAUUUAAGACAAAUUACUCUUUGUUUAUGCCAUUUUAUGACUACAUUUAUGACACCUUAGACAAGGCUUCAGAUCAAUUACAUGAUUCAGCAUCAAAACGAGAGGAAGAAAUUCCAGAUGUUGUGCACCUAACACACCUUACAACGCCUGAAUCUAUUUAUCAUCUUAGGCUUGGAUUUGCUUAUCUAGCCUGCAAGCCUUGUACAUCAAAAUGGUACCUUUGUUUGAUGUGGCCAAUGACAGCUUGGUCCAUGAUCCUCACAUUAGCCUAUGGUCGUACAUUCAUUGUGGAGGGAAAUCAUUUUGACAAACUUAAGCUGCAAAGUUGGGCAAUACCUAAGUACAGUCAACAAUACUUUAUUAGAUCACAAAAAAUGCCCAUCAACAAAAUGAUUGAGGAAGCAAUAUUGGACGCAGACAAAAAAGGCAUAAAAGUGUUGAGUCUAGGUCUUUUGAAUCAAGGAGAAGAUCUUAACAGUUAUGGAGGGUUUUAUGUUAGUAAGCAUCCAAACCUAAAAGUUAAGGUUAUAGAUGGCAGUAGUCUUGCAACUGCUAUUGUUCUUAAUAGCAUUCCUAAUGGAACAACUCAAGUAUUACUUAGGGGAAAACUCACCAAGGUUGCUUAUACUAUUGCAUUCACAUUGUGUCAACAAGGUGUUCAGGUUGCUACAAUGCAUAAGGAUGAUUAUGUGAAACUCAAAAACUCGUUCAGUAGCUUUGGAAAAAAUUUGAUCAUUGAAAAAAGCUACACCCAGAAGACUUGGUUGGUAGGAGAAGGAUUAACUGAAGAGGAACAACUAAAGGCACCCAAAGGAACAUUAUUUAUUACUUACUCGCAAUUCCCACCAAUUAAAUACCGUAAGGACUGCUCCUACCACUUCACCCCAGCAAUGCUAGUUCCCAGUUCUAUUCAAAAUGUCCAUUCUUGUGAGAAUUGGCUGCCAAGGAAGGUAAUGAGUGCAUGGCGCAUAGCUGGGAUAGUGCACUGUUUAGAAGGAUGGAGUGAACAUGAGUGCAACUACACAAUGCAUAACAUAGACAAAGUUUGACGUUCAACUCUUCAACAUGGGUUCCAACCUCUUAGUGUGCCAAUUAAUAAGGAGUUAGCUCAUUAUUAAUGAGUAGUGGGAAAAUUAAAUAAAUAAUUAAUGUCACUACUAAAAAAAUG